AUGAACCACCACCGCGAAAAUGGAGACAACGAACACUGUGUGUGCGACCAGACGUGUGAAACGUACUUCGGGAUAAGAGACCACGUGUUCUUUGGUAUGCACGAAACAAUGCUGCGAGUUCUCCUGAGUUCGGCAAACACCGACUACUGUUACUGGUACAUGAUUGACGUUCUACUACACGGGGCCGACGAGCCGUACGAGCCUGCACCCGAUAUUGUAGCACUGAUUUCCAAGACGAUUCGGACGGAUAAGUCCAUCGGGAAGCCGCUACCGAGGAUCCUUCUCCUACUUGAUAUCAUUACUGCAAAUCACGCCCUAUUCGAAACGACCGAAUUAGGGAUUGCGUGUGUGUUGUUGGAAUGUGGACUAGAUUCACCGAGCGCCCCACGAAUCAACCACAUGAUUGACCGAUUUGGGCGUAAAAUGUAUGAGUACUAUAUAAAAGCCAUAACCACGACAUUUGGUGAGUAG